CAACAACAGCUCGGAGCGCAGCGUGAGCAGCCGAGCGUCGUAUUCCGCGUGUUGCGUGUCCGCCGAUCGUUUCGGUGCGAAUUUUAUGUUACUUGCGCCCCCCGUGGUGUGGUGUGUGUUGUUCGGAAGGAACCCUUAACCACCUACAGCCGAGCGCGCCCAGUGUGAGGAAAUCAGGUAGAAAACACCAAAUUGAACCGCGCCACGCCUGAGGGUGGGCAAGUCACGGUUCUCUCUGCGGGUGGUUGUGAAUGCAGGUGCCGAUUGUGAAAGUGCAAAAUUUUGGGGCUGUGUGCCUCAGUUUUUUUUAUAUAUUGUAUUGUACUUCGGGUGACGAAACUGCGAAACCGACCAGUGAGCAGCCGUCUCCGGUGUGCCCCAGUGACCAUCAAAAACAAAAACCGGAGCGAAAGUUUUCUGCAAGGACACACCUGACGACAACGGGGCAUCGGUAGUGGCGGCGCGUGGCCAGCUCGUGCGGUAGGAAGCAUCAAUCAUUUGGACCCCGGAGCCAUACUGUGUGUGACGUGUGCUGGUUUAAGCUCCAGCCAACUCCCGCUCGCGUGUGACUCAUUUGUAAUUCCUGAUACCCGCAGGACAUGGCUUCGCAGUUUUGCAUCCUUCUGCCAUUGUUGCUAGCCCAGAUCGGGCUUGGUCAAUGGUUGCCACCAGCUGUUGGGGGUAUGCAGCUUAAAAAGGUUGCCCAGUGGUCGGCGGUCGAUUUUAGCUUCCCGUCGCCAAAGGAUCGUGAUGAGGCGAUUGCGAGCGGCCGCUACACACCAGAAAACUGCAUUCCACUAGACAUGGAUGUGGAUUAUGGAAAUGCAGCAAAAUCUCGUCUUUUCGUCACUAUUCCUCGGUUCCAAACCGGGAUCCCGUAUACUUUGGGACGUGUCUCGGGCAAUCAGGGACCAUCCGGCCCACUGGUGGAACCUUAUCCAAACGCCGCUAUCCAGGAUAGGCCGGAGAGCAAAAAUUGCAACGGAAUCGUGUCCGUUUUUCGGAUAAAGAUCGAUGAAUGUAACCGCAUGUGGGUGCUGGACACCGGCAGGGUUGGCGAAACACGAAUGUGCCCGCCGAAGCUGAUAGUUUUUGAUAUGAAAACAGAUAAAAUCAUACAUCGGUACGAGAUUCCUGCCGAUCAACUCGUGUGUGACUUAUCACUGUUGGUGAAUCUGCUUGUUGAUGUACAAGAUCCUUCGCCACUCGGCUCGUGCCAAGACACGAAAGUGUAUCUGGCCGAUGUUACGGCACCCGGUAUGAUUGUGUACGAUAUGGCGCGGCGAAAAUCGUGGCGUAUCACGAACAAACAAAUGCACCCGAACCCGGACUACGGUACCUUUACCAUCGCUGGCGAAAGCUUUGAUUUGAUGGACGGCAUUGUCGCGAUGGCCAUGUCACCUCGCAUUCCGACCGAUAAUGUGGUGUUUUCAGCGUACGGCAGAAGCUGGCGACCGGUGAGCGAUCGGCUGGUAUACUUCCAUGCGUUGGCUUCGAUGACGGAAAAUGUGGUGCGUACCUCGGUGCUGAAUAACGACACCGUUUGGGAGGAUAACGUCGAAGCGGAACAGCGUGCCUUCCGGCCGAUUGGUAACCGAUAUUCGCAAUCCGUUGCCGAGGCAAUGGAUAGCAAUGGAAAUCUGAUUUUCGGGCUCGUGGCACAGAAUGCGAUCGCCUGCUGGGACUCUACCACACCGUACACUCCGGCCAACAUGCGCAUCUUGUCGCAAAACAGUGAAACAUUACAGUUUCCAAGCGGACUGAAGGUUGUACGCAAUCGUAAGGGGGUCGAAGAGCUGUGGGUGCUCUCGUGUCGUUUUCAGAAGGUAAUGACGGGUUCACUGAACACCAAUGAAACCAAUUUCAGAAUUCAGGCCAUACAGAUGCCAGAAAUACUAGGACGUAAGACAUCGUGUAAAUUGUAGAGUGGUGUGGUUUAAA